AUGGCUCCAGACACGCGUACAGCACGCGAGACGCGUUAUGACGCGACUGAGCCUGCCACCUCGGCGGGCUCUCACGACACGAUCGGCCACACCACGGCUUCCUUUGGCCCUCCCAAGGAGGUCACCGUCGCUUCCGUCUGGUCCGACAUCUCAAACAUGUCCUACAUCUCACCUGCUAAUGUCGGGUUUGACCCCACCGCGCCCAUCGUCCCUUACGACCGCCCAAUGGCCCCCACCCCCGGCAUCUCCGACCUCCUGCCAUCCUCACACGCGCCUUCCAGCUGCGACUUUGGCACCCCCAAGCACUUCUCUCACACUCCAGUCUUCGGGCCAUCGCCGCCUUUCGUGCCAAAGACACGUGGCCGCGCCGCAUUUCAGGCGCGUUGCGAGACCGCCUCGCCCUCCGACAGCAGCCUGAGCCGCUUCCUUAGGGGCUUCUCGACCUCCACCUCAUCCAAGCCUGCAGUCAAGCCUGUCGUCCGCAGGUCUACCCCUGACGCCUGCGACGGAGGUGUACCUACUACACGUGCAUCUACCACUAAUGGACCUUCCACCAACUCCCCUAUUAUGGACGCACCUGCUAUUAAGAAUGCAAUUGGCGCCCCAUUCUCCCGCACCACACCCCCUGGCGCCAGCUCUCGCAGCGCUCGCUCUCAGGCCACCCGCUCUCCCAGCGUCCUCUCUCACGCCAGCGAUCACUCUGACGUUAGCGAUCACUCUCAGGCCAGCGCGCCCUCUUACACCAGCCGCUCUCAUAGCGCUCACUCAUCCGUUGCCAAUGAGCCAACGGUUGAUUUGCCUACUAUCGACUUGCCCACCAUCGAUCUGCCCGCCGUCGACUUGCACACCGCCGACCUACCUCCAAUCGACCUGCAGACCAUCGAUCUGUCUGCUGCACCUGGCUCCCCUAAUGUCCGCGCAAUUAGCGUCGGUACUACCAGCUACCCUACCACUAAUAUCAGCACAGCCGAUGUCGACUCUCCCGCCGUGGCCUCAGCCACCAUCGAGGAGGCCAAUGUCGACGCUUUUACCAACUGGUCGCUUUACGCGGUCCCCGGCAAUAUUUUGGCCGACUUCGUCUCUGGCAUUCUCAAGUUUAGCCUACUUGACCAGGACGGCAAGCCAGUCUUCGUGAAGGACUAUGAUACCAACACUUCACCCCAGCAGGCAUUCAACAGCCACAAGGAUGUCAAGGCUGUUCAUAUUUCCCAAGAGGAAACCCGAAUUUUCGUCUCCAUGGACCAGCUCCGCAAGGAAAUCGCCGAGCUGCAGGAGCAUGACGAGGCCAUGGAGCGUGAGGCGGACAAGGCGCAUCAGGAGAAGGCUAGGCUCGAACUCCAGCUGCAGGAAGUCCGAGGCACCUGUCGCAAGGGCUCGUCGGACAGUGCUAUUGGCUCUGAUUCUGACGAUGACAUUCGCAAGCGCGCUCAGGCAGAGAAGCUCAAGCGCAUGCAGAAGCGCCUUGACGAGGCUAACACUCUCGCCAACUCGCAAUUCGUCCACAUCAACGCCCUCACCGCCGAGCGUGAUGAGUUAAUUAAGGAAUGCCAUCUCGCCCACGAGCAUAAGAAGGUUCUCAACGAGCAGAACCAGGUUCUCAUCAAGCAGAACCAAGCCAUGAAGUCCGAGGUCGAGCAGGCGGCCCACUACUUCACCAAUAUUGAGAAUGAGGUCAAGCACCUCAAAGGCGAAAAUGAGCGUCUGCGUCAGCAAGUUGGCCAGAUGUACCAGCAGAACGACGCUCUUCGCAAGACCCGCAAGUCUCAUUCGGACCAGAUUAAGAAUUUGCAGACCGAGCUUGAGGCCACUCGCGGCCAGCUCGGCGACACUAUCAAGGACACCCAGGUCCUUCGCACCAAGAAUAGAGAGAACGAUACUCAUUCGGAGCAGAUUGAGAAACUGAAGGCCGAGCUUGAGGCCACUCGUGGUCAGCUCAGCAUUACUGCAAAGGAGAACCAGGUCCUCCGCAGCAAGAACAAACAGGCUCAGACUCGGUCGGAACAAAUCCAGAACCUCGAAGCCGAGCUCGAAGCCACCCGUGGCAAGCUUGGCGAAGCCAUCAAGGACACCCAGGUCCUUUUACGCAAGAACAAAGAAAUCAAGGCUGAGCGCGACAAGGCCGAGGACUCCUACGAGACUCUGCAGGAGAACUACACCGUCAUCCGUCGUCAGCUGCGCGAUUCCACGCGUGAGAAUUCCACCAUCAAUUCGGUUUCCAGCACGCGCAGCGAGGUUCGCCCUCGUAGACCCGCCUCGGUUCAGGUCAAGCGCACUGCCGGCCCAAGCACUACGCGCACCGCACCCACCACCGCGCGCACCACACCUACCACUGCGCCCACUGCGCCCACCGCGCCCACCUCCAGUCGCGACCCUGAUAAUGAGGAGCACACGAUCCGGCCAGCAUUUGAUACAGUUGAAAACAUGCGGAUCUUGAUCUCCACCACAGAGAGUGAGAUGGCGAGACUGCAAGAGAAGUUUGACGAGAAAGUCACAGAGUCCAAGGGAAUGCACAAGGGCUACAGCCGCCGCACUUGGGAGCGGCUUCACGAGGAGAAGGUUGCAUUGGAGGCUCAAAUUCACGAGAAGAGCAAGAUUAUUUACCACCAGUACGACCUCCUUGAGGGUCUGAGAAGACAGGGAAAGGUUUGA